AUGAAUGUGAUCAAGUUAUUUUCAAGGAGACUUUCCACUGGACCGAUUCCUGAUUUUUUGAAGGUUAGCGAUGAAGUGACAGCGGCCCUACAUGAGAAUAGGGCAAUUGUCGCCCUGGAAUCGACGAUUAUUGCCCAUGGACUGCCAUAUCCGACAAAUUUGGAAACCGGAUUAGAGUUGGAGCAAAUUGUACGAUCCGAAUCAGCCGUUCCUGCUACGGUAGCGAUUAUGAAUGGAAAGGUUUGCGUCGGCCUCACAGAAGCUGAACUCUCCGAAAUUGCCGAGUCCAAAAAUGUGGCAAAAAUCUCGAGACGUGAUAUGGCAAGGUGCGUGGCAAACAAAGCUCUGGGGGCAACUACUGUAGCCUCAACGAUGUGGGCAGCUCACCAGGCUGGCAUUCGGGUAUUUGCCACCGGCGGAAUUGGCGGUGUUCAUCGGUAUGCUCAAGAAACGUUCGACAUAUCUGCCGACCUUCAAGAAUUGGCUGCAACCCCAGUGACGGUAGUCUGCGCUGGCGUGAAGAGUAUUCUGGAUAUACCGAAAACCCUGGAAUAUUUGGAAACCCACAGCGUUAAUACCAUCGUCUACUCGACCAAGAAUGAUUUUCCCGCCUUUUUCGCUCGAGAAUCCGGUUCCAAAGGACAAUUUAGUACUAUGGAUCUAGCGGAAGCUGCGCGGAUUAUUGAAACAUCAAAAUCCCUUGGUCUCCCUGCCGGCACCAUUUUGGCUUGCCCGAUCCCAGAGGAAUUUGCAGCAAAGGGAAAAGUCAUCGAAGAGGCGAUAAAACAAGCUUUAGAAGAGGCUAGAGCUCAAAAUAUCAUGGGCCAAGCGACCACCCCGUUCCUGCUAUCGCGAGUGAAGGAGCUGACCGGUGGAGAAUCACUAAAAUCGAAUGUUGCCCUUGUCAAAAAUAAUGCCAAAAUUGCUGCGAAAUUGGCAAAUCACUUGGUGGGACGGUCGAAAAAUAGUGAACCAUCGCAAAGCCCAGCCAUCGCUGCGCGGAAGCGGGAAAUUCAAAAGCCGGUGAGGCCGAAAGUUGUAACCAUCGGUGCGGCAAUCUGUGAUUUCGAAGCGAUCACCAGUGCUGACGUUAAGAAUGACGGCGGCUCGUACCCCGGAAUUGUGACUCAACGGCCAGGAGGUGUGGGCCGGAAUCAUGCCGACGUUAUGGCGAGACUCGGCCUCGAUUCCGCCCUGUUGACCUACGUCGGAAAUGACGAGAACGGGCGUUUUUUGAGGCGUACUGGGCAGCAUAUUGACCUCUCUGGCGUCAAAACCGUAGACGCACCAACGGCAACCUAUUGUGCGAUAAACAUGCGCGGGAAUGUGCGCUUUGGGAUUAGCUGCAUCGAGGAGAUUAUGGGCAAAAUGGGCCCGGAAAUUGUCCACGCAAACAUGGAUCUACUCGAGGAAGCGGAUUUCUUGGUGAUUGACGGGAAUACGAACGUCGAGACGCUAAAAGAAGCGAUCGAGGUUGCAUAUCGCAUCAACCUGCCGAUCUGGUUCGAGCCCACCGAUAUCGACAAAAUGCAAAAGCUCUUCAAAGCUGGAAACAUUGAGAAAGUCUCGGAGCGGGAGAUUGUUGGAAUGGCGGAUUUCUGGCCGGCCACC